CGAAGAUGAAGGCGGAACAAAUUAGGGGAAAGUCUCCACAGCGGCCGCCCCGUAUCGACCCCCUCAAGCACUGACCGCCUGUAUCGUAAACCUGCGUAUGUCAUGUGCCGUUUCUAGGCACCCCCUCUUCCUACUGUGUACGCUAGUAUUACUGAUGAUCUUGGUGACGAUGGAGCUAGCACUACCUCUCCCCUUCUAACACCCACACCUCUGUCGUCCGACGCUGGAGCUGACCAUCUAUGCCCUCUCUUCCUUCAUCCGAUAUGGCGGCGUUCCCCCCUAGAACCGCCCCCAACCCAGACUGCGCCCCCUUCAUGAAAUUAAUCUGGUUGACAAGCAGUCUCUCGGCCGCGUGCAGCAACACUACAUCCAAACAACCGGUGAACUGCAUAUACAUCCCAAAGCGAAAGCGCCGGUGAGCAAACUGCUGCCUGCUGCCUGCGAGAUACGGGAGUUCCAGCCGCCGCUGGUUACCAUGGCACUUCGACCAUUCACUAUGGUAAUUACAAGGGGGGUACAUGUGCGGGUUGCCAGUGGGUUUGAGUGUCU